CCGGUCUCCACGUAGUGUGUGUACUCCUCCACUGUGGUUGCAAGAUGCCGGAACCUGCGAAGUCAGCGCCAGCCCCGAAGAAGGGGUCGAAGAAGGCGGUUACCAAGGCGCAGAAGAAGGACGGCAAGAAGCGCAAGCGCAGCCGCAAGGAGAGCUACUCGGUGUACGUGUACAAGGUGCUGAAGCAAGUGCACCCGGACACGGGCAUCUCGUCCAAGGCUAUGGGUAUCAUGAACUCGUUCGUGAACGACAUUUUCGAGCGCAUCGCGGGUGAGGCGUCGCGCCUGGCGCACUACAACAAGCGUUCGACCAUCACAUCUCGGGAGAUCCAGACGGCCGUGCGUCUGCUGCUGCCCGGGGAGCUGGCCAAGCACGCGGUGUCGGAAGGCACCAAGGCUGUCACCAAGUACACCAGCGCCAAGUAAAACUGGCAAAAGCGUCACAUCUACACCCAAAGGCUCUUUUCAGAGCCACCA